AUGAAUAAAUCCGUUGAACUUAUUUCAGGUCCUAUUACGUUUGGAGCUCAAGGCGAUAAAAUUAAAGAAUUACUUGAAAAUAACCAACAAUGGUCAAGUGAAAAUCAGAAUAAUAAAGAAUUUUUUGAUAAACUUAAAAAACAAGAACCAAAAGUUCUUUGGUUUGGAUGUUCUGAUUCUCGUGUUCCGCCUGAACUCAUCACUAAAUCAGGAUUUGGCGAAUUAUUUGUGCAUCGUAACAUAGCAAAUCAAUUCAACCCCAAUGAUGCCAAUUGCAUGUCAGUGUUACAAUAUGCUGUCAAUUAUUUGAAAGUUUCUCAUAUUGUUAUUUGCCAUACAGGUUGUGGUGGAGCAAAAAGCUGUUUUGAGCCAGGCCUUGAACCUGAUCUAGAAAAAUGGCUAGAAGGAAUACGUGGAUUGGCAACGAUAAACCCCGAAUUCUCUCACACCAAUCCAAAUUUUGGAACUCCUGAAGUUCAAGACAAAUUGGUCAAAGCUAAUGUUGUGAAACAAGUGGAAAAAAUUAGUAAAAAUUAUUUUGUUAAAUCUGCUGAACAAACAAUACAAAUUCAUGGAUUGGUUUUUGAUUUAAAAGAUGGUUUGUUAUUAAAAUUCACAAUCAUUUUACAAUGGAACAUUGACAAAUCCCAUCAUAUAUAA